AUGGCCCACAAGCUGGCCAACUUUGGCAAAAUCCUGCUGCGUCGCCGGGCGUUGGACUGCUCCGGCGAAGAGACCCGAUUCGCCCGAUGCCUGUCCACCCUGGACCUCAUCGCCUUGGGGGUGGGCUCCACGCUCGGCGCCGGCGUUUAUGUCCUCGCUGGCGAGGUCGCCCGAGAAAAGGCGGGACCCGCCAUCGUCCUCUGCUUCCUCAUCGCCGCCCUGUCCUCCAUGUUGGCCGGCCUGUGCUACGCCGAAUUUGGCGCCCGUGUCCCCAAAACGGGCUCUGCAUACCUCUACAGCUAUGUGACGGUUGGAGAAAUCUGGGCCUUCAUCACAGGGUGGAACCUCAUCCUCUCCUAUGUGAUAGGUACGGCCAGUGUUGCCAGGGCGUGGAGCUCAACGUUUGACAACUUGGUCGAACAAAAGAUCUCCGGCUUCUUCCGAGCCUCCAUGGCGAUGAAGGUGCCGGGGAACGUGCUGGCAGAGUACCCCGACCUGUUCGCCCUCAUCCUGGUCCUGCUGCUCUCUGGACUUCUGGCCUUUGGCGUGAACGAGUCGGCGCUGGUGAAUAAGAUCUUCACAGGCAUCAAUCUGGUGGUACUGGGCUUCGUAAUCAUCUCUGGGUUCGUUAAGGGGAACACGGCCAACUGGAACCUGACGGAGGACGACUACAAAAGCUUCAUAAACGGCACCAACAGCAGCAGGCCUUUUCAAGUUGAAAAGGAAUUUGGCGUGGGUGGCUUCGCGCCAUUUGGCCUGACUGGAGUCCUGUCUGGUGCCGCCACCUGCUUCUACGCCUUCGUGGGCUUCGACUGCAUCGCCACAACAAGCGAAGAAGCGAAGAACCCCAUGCGUUCCAUACCAAUCGGCAUCGUCGCCUCGCUGCUCAUCUGUUUUUUCGCCUACUUUGGCGUGUCUGCCGCUCUGACGCUCAUGAUGCCGUACUACCAGCUGAACACCCAGAGUCCUCUGCCUGAGGCCUUCAGCUACGUGGGCUGGGGUCCCGCCAGGUACAUCGUGGCUGUGGGCUCUCUCUGCGCUCUGUCCACCAGUCUGCUAGGCUCUAUGUUCCCCAUGCCUCGUGUUAUCUACGCCAUGGCGGAGGACGGGCUGCUGUUCCGUAUUCUUUCCAGGAUGAACGAACGCACUAAGACGCCUCUCAUUGCUACCAUCACUUCAGGCAUCGUUGCCGCUCUGAUGGCCUUCCUGUUCAAACUGGCGGAUCUGGUAGACCUCAUGUCCAUUGGCACUCUGUUGGCGUACUCUUUAGUGGCCAUCUGUGUCCUCAUCCUCAGGUACCAGCCAGGCACCCUGAGUUCGUCCAGCCAGACGGAGAAGCUGGUGGAGCUGGUGGAAGGGGUGAAGGUGGCCGUAAGUGGAGAUGACAGCGGCGACGAGUCCGGCACGGAGGAGAGUCCGCUCCGCGAGACCUUCACCGUCAAGCUGCUCUUCUACCCGAGUGGAAAGAUCCCGACGCAGACCUCUGGGAACAUCGUCUACGCUACCACUGCUAUUAUUUCGCUUUUUAUCACCGUACUGUGCAUUAUCCUGGCCAACCUUCUCCCGGAGCUGCUGUCCGGGCAUCCAGGCGUCGUGGUGCCCUGUGUCAUCUUGACUUUGCUCUGCGUCGUCUGUCUCGUCAUCAUCUACAGGCAGCCGCAGAGCAAAGAGGCUCUCACCUUCAAGGUCCCUCUGCUUCCCUGGCUACCCCUGUUCAGCGUUUUCGUCAACAUCUACCUCAUGAUGCAGCUGGACAUGGGCACGUGGAUCCGCUUCGCCGUCUGGAUGCUCAUCGGUUUCCUCAUCUACUUCUUCUAUGGUAUUAGGAACAGCAGUGAAGCUGCCAAAAGGUCAUCCCCGCGCAAAUACGAGCCCGCGCUGCAGACCAAGAGGCCAAUCUACACGGGCGCACCUGACGACAGUGACACGGAGGCAGGCGGCAGCCCCUGAUACACACCGACGUAGACCUGGGGGAAGCGUUGCCAGAGCAUCUACACUCAUCUUGGCAGUCUGGUUGAACUGGUAGCCAAGUGCUGCAAUGUAGGGCGGCUUGGAAUGUGGACCCUGGGUUUAAAGGGAGGAGGGGCAAGAAAACGCCACACACACAAACAUUACCUCUGACUUGGAGGCUGAUAUAACUUGAUGGCUAGACACUGUGACAGAGCCACUUUCUGGCCCAUGUGUCUGUUUUAAUCUGUCUGUCUGUACUUAGCCUUAGCCCUCUGGGAGAUAUUUACCUGCCUAUAAACUCAUGCUAUGAAUGGACCUUACUAACAAAAGAGAAGUUGGUUAACUGGUGUUAACUGUUUUGCUUCCUCUCCGUUAUCGGUGCGUUGUGGCUGCGUGUGGAGCCACUAGGGGUGAAUAAGAACUACUAUAUUUAUAUCACUAAAAGAUUAUGACUUGACCUCAAUAAGCAGAAGCCACCGCAAAGUGACAGAGCCUUCAGUAGUUAAAGGGGGUCUAGAUUCUUCGGUCCUUGUUUAUUGCACCAGCCUGUUCGUUUGUGUGUAAACAGGGUAGCGCUGAGGCUGUGUGGUUUACAGUGUCCGUCAGGGCCUCAGUGCAGUUAGGUCAGUAGCACAUAGACAACGUUGAUGUCAUCUACACUGUACGGCUCAGUGUCUGAGGCUGAAUACAUGCUUUACAGAUCGCCCCUUGUUGUCCCCCCCUGCUCCCAGAGAACAGCCAUACAGUAACUGUACACCGCACCCUUUAAAACGGUAUGAAAUUAGCUGCUUUUCGUAAAUUAUUCAUGUCUUGCAUAUAGACUGUGUUGAAAUGGUAUUUGCAGGCAUUUUGUGGCCUUUUGUUUCAACCUAAACCAGAUAAUGAAUGUUGUUUUUUUUAACAGCGACAACACUUUUCGACCCUUAAAGGGUCUCGAAAUCCAGAUAUUGAAGUAAAAGCUGCAAAGCAGGAGUUAAUCUCUGCUAUGCUUUCUGGUAUUUACUGUUGUGUAAUCAAUCAGUUGUCAACUAUUUUGAUAACUAAUAGACCAAAAAAACAAAUCGAUUAAUUGAGAAAACAAGCGACAGAUUAAUCCUUAGUAUCAGCCCUAGAAUAUGGGGUUUUCUCCAAAACAACAUGGGCAUGUAAAUAUCUGUAUGAAUUUUAAGUUAUCUAUCUAGCUACUUUGCUAAUUCCAGAUUUCAUUUACACACUUGCACCUUGUUUGUUUCAUAUUCUUUGCAUGGCUGUUCGCACAUAUCUUCACAGAUCUGAGGAGGUGGAUGAGAUUUGCAUUUAACAAGCUCAUUAUUGGCAUUAUGUUAUCUCCUGACGGGCAUUUAAAAUCUCAGUUAAUAUAUAAUCUGUCCACCUCCAACUGAUCUGGGAGCUGGGAAUCUGUUUCUGAACAAGGGGGGGUCUGUCUGUCUGUCUGUCCUUCAUCAUCUUAUUCACCUUUUUGUUUUUACUUUCUUGUGAAAAGACUCACUAAGGUUCUUGUUUAGUUUCAAUUGAAACUUGUUCUCGGCAGCUUCGUCUGUCGAGUACCAUCACUUUUAUUUUAUUCAACUGUAUUUUAUUUUUACUACUUUAUUAUUAACUUCUACUGAUAGAACUGUUAAUAUUUUAAUGUUUAUAGUGUUGUUUUUUGGGGGGUUAGCUUUCUUUUUUUGCCUUCUCAUAUCUAUCUCAAUCAGUUUUUAAUAUGCGUUUUUAGAUGUUAAUGUAUUUUAAUUGUUACAUGUACAGUUUUUAGCGUGCCGGUUUUUGUUGUCUCGCGUCACCAAAUGAUUUAAUCCUUUCUGACCAAAUGAACGUGUUUUUUUGGGAAAUUAAAUCACAACGACCACUAAAAGUUGGUCUCUAAAUUGUGUAAUAUAAAAAGAAAAUGUUUUUACCCCUCUGGAGUCAAUAUAACUUAUUGUUUGAAGUACCUUUUUUUUGUUGUUCUAGUAAAGUGCUUUACUGUAGAAUGUACAGUAUUUGUUUAAAACCGUAUCUUUAUUUGUAUAAUGCUGUAAAUUAUACAAACUUUCUUUAACAUAUGACCCUGAGUAUAAUUUAGUAAGAGAUGUUUUUUUGUAAAUUACACUUUGAAGGCAUUUCUUUUGACACUUAAUGAAAUGCAAAUAUCCUUUUUCAGAUGAAAUGGUCCUGGUGGAUGCAAUAUUUAAUCAUCGCUGUAGAUGCUUAAAACUACUUAAACUAAAUAACACCGCUUAGAAAAUCUCCCCCCCUUUUAGACGUAUCACCCAUUGUGCUGAAGGGAGGGAGGUCCAGUAAAGGUAGAUUUGGAUUCAGUCAGUGUUUCUAGCUGAUGUGCCUAAAGAACCAUCCUCCAGCCUGAGAAAAAACACAUGGGUUAGUCAAACAAAGAGUACAGCGACAUCUUGGAUGUUUCAAAAACGUCAUGACUUGUACAGGAGAUUUGAACUCUGCUUUGCCUGUGAUAUCAUUAAAAGGUUUAGUGGCUGUGACUCGUGUCACACAGAGCUCUUCAUACUCAGCCCUUGUGCCUUUAAAAAAAAUUAUCUCCCCUCCUCAACGCCAUCUCAUUAAUAAUCUAUUUUUGUCUUUGUUUUAUAUCCUGUACAUAUGGCUGUCAUGUAAAAAAACAAGCUGUAUUUUCAAUGUUUCUCUUUUUUUUAAUAAAACAAUAUUUCAUGCUUAUGGCA